AUGUCGGCGCCGCCGGCCGUACAGAUCCGCGAGGCCAACGCGCACCUGGCGGCGCUGCACGGGCGCGUGGCGGAGCUGGAGCGGCGGCUGGGCGCGGCCGAGCGCACGGUGCACGGGCAGGCGGAGAGUCUCAUCCGCAAGGACGGCGAGCUGCGCGCGGCGCUGCGGGAGCUGGGGGCUGCCAAGGACAGAGAAAUUACUGCUCUGCAGCAGAAGCUGCUUUCAUCUGAGGAGACAAUUCAGAAGCUGUUGAAUGUCAUCCAGAAAAAAGAUGACUUAAUCGUACAGCUGAAGCACAGGAGUCAUCUUCUGACUAAAAUCUGCAGAAACCGACCCAUCCUGGACAGUCUUCUGUCUUACAUGGCAGAAGGGGAACAGUUAAGUACCUUUCCAGGGACCCAAAGUGAUUCCAGUUCUCCAGUUCAUGAUGAGUUCCAGGAGUCAAACGGCAUCACCAACCAGAUAUCAAAGAACAAAGACUUCUCUCUCAGUGAAGAUGACCUGGAAGAUCAGGAAUUGGAUACAAGCCAGUUUGGGACAACAGUGUGAACCGAGUGUGGAAC